AGAGAUGUACACGGCUAUGAAGACCAGCAUCCUGCUUAUGUUCCUGUGGGGAUUGUCCUGUGCUCUUCCAGUCGCCAAGCAUCAAAAUACUGAAUCCAAGAGCUCUGAAGAAUGGGAGGAUCAUUUGGCUCAGACACCAACACCACCUUUGGAGAGCAGUGAGUCAUCAGAAGAAAGUAAAGUUAGCUCAGAGGAACAGGCAAAUGAAGACCCCAGUGACAGCACAGAAUCAGAGGAAGGCCUGAGCCUUGAUGAUCAUCAGUACAUUCAUAGACCAGCUGGUGGCCUCUCUAGUAGUGGAGGAAAAGAAGGAGAUGAUAAAGAUGAUGAUGAAGAUGAGAGUGGAGAUGACACCUUUGGUGAUGAUGACAGUGGCCCAGGCCCUGCAGAGAGACAAGGUGGGGACUCCAGACUUGGAAGUGAUGAAGACUCAGCUGACACCACACAAUCCAGGGAAGAUAGUACCCCACAAGGGGAAGACAGUGCCCAAGAUACCACCAGCGAGAGCAGGGACCUUGACGACGAAGGCGAGGUGAACAGCAGGCCUGAGGGAGGUGACUCCACACCAGAGAGCGAGAGUGAGGAGCACUGGGUGGGAGGUGGCAGUGAGGGGGAGAGUAGCCAUGGGGAUGGCUCUGAGUUUGACGAUGAAGGAAUGCAGAGCGAUGACCCAGGCACCUUCAGGAGUGAGAGGAGCAGCUCCAGAAUAAACAGUGCCAGUGUCAAAUCCAAAGAAUUGAAAGAGAAUGAUGAGGAGCAAGCAAACACGCAGGACACCCAUGACAGCCAAUCCCGGGAGUCUCCCAGUAGGAAAUUUUUCAGAAAGUCUCGCAUUUCUGAGGAAGGUGGCAGAGGUGACCUGGAUGAUAACUACACUAUGGAAGAAGUCCAGAGUGACUCCACAGAAAACCCCGACUCCAAAGAAGCUGGCCUCAGCCAAACCAGGGAACACAGCAAGAGUGACAAACAGGAGAGCGAGGAGAAUCGGUCCCCGGAAGACAGUCAGAAUGUCCAAGAUCCCAGCAGUGAGUCUAGUCAAGAGGUUGACCUGCCUUCUCAAGAAAGCAGUAGUGAAUCUCAGGAAGAGGUAGCAGGUGAGCCCAGGGGGGACAAUCCUGAUAACAUCACCAGUCCCUCAGAAGAGAAUCAGGAAGAGAGUGACUCCAGUGAGGAGAACAGCUUGGAUAAACCCUCCAAUUCAGAAAGCAAAUCCAGAGAGGAGCAAGCUGACAGCGAAUCCAAUGAGAGCCUCAACUCCAAGGAAAGCCCGGAGACCACGGAAGAGGAGAACAGUUCUAGCCAGGAGGGCCUCCAGUCUGACAGUGCCUCAGCAGAGACCAAGAGCCGGGAGAGCCAGUCCGAGCAGGACAGCCCAUCUGAGGAGGACGAUGGCAGUGAUUCUCAGGACAGCAGCAUAUCCCAAGAAGAGAGCAAUUCUACUGAGAGCGUGUCAAGCAGUGAGGAAGACGGCCAGUCAAAAACCACUGAGAUAGACAGCAGAAAACUAACAGUGGAUGCUUAUCACAACAAACCCAUCGGGGAUCAAGAUGACAACGACUGCCAAGACGGUUAUUAGCAUCGGCUUUCCUGAGUGGUUCUCACCUGCUGAAGUCCUAGGGAUUGGAGACGAGGGAAAUCAUUAUAACUGUAAUUUAUUGAUGUUUUCAUCAGAAGAAUAACCAGAGGCCAUUUCUUUCUGAAAGGAAAUGUUGAACACUAUACUUGUUUCUAGGGUGCCAAGCCACAGAGGUUUACAUAACGGGGAGUGACACUAGAUCACACUCAAUGAGACUAGAAGCAAGGAAAGAUGUACAUUGUAGCGUCACAGCUUCACAGUCGUUCCAAACUCGUUAACCUAACAAACAGUGAUUGAGGUUCUAUUAUGUACCAGGCACUGUGCUAGGUGCUGGGGAUAUAAAAUUUAAGACUUGUUUCUUGCUCCUGAGGAGCUUACAGAGGGAUACAUAAAGUUAAAGAGGGACACAGAUGAGGAAAAGAAGAAUUAUUACAAUCCAGUGCAGUGAGCGCUAUCACAGAGACGUGAACAAAACAUACGCGAGCACAGAAGAGGGGACCACCUUCGCCUUGGAGAAUCAAAGAGGCCUUCACAGCAGAAAAGACACUGGCA